AGCCAACUGAACAAUAUUCGGGGAUCCUAUGGUAUGCUCACUGAAUGCACAGAUCCAAAGCACUGAAGACCGCAAGUCCCAAGCUUCCAGGAUCCAUGGCGAUGGCCGACACAAGGAAUCUUCAAAAUAAACUCAAAUUUUCCCCUAUAGUUUGAGUAAUAACGAAGCAAACUGAGUUCAAGAUUCAGAAGAGUGGCUGCUGCAUUGUUGACGCGGUCGGACGAGGCUGAGAUUGGCCAUACAGUCAUCUGACCAUCGAGGCUCUUGAAAGUACCUCUUCUCCCAUUAACACAAUUUACUCUCCACUAUCAUUUGCUAUUGCCCCCAAUAUUCUACGAAAUGGAAGAAGACGAGUUAGUGAAGCGAUACAACCUGGACGUGUCCGUCCUAGGAGAUUUGGUACAGCGAUACAAACUGAACGUGUCCGUCCUGGGAGACCGAAAUCGCGAGAUCCUCCAUGCUCCCUCCAGCGACCAGUCUCAGGAGCAUAAAACUGUCACGAAGAUAUGGCAGCAGAAACAUGCUCUCGCUCAACACGUAUACCUGGAAGAGUCACAAUUUGGUGAACUGCGAGCUAUCAAGCAGGUGCAUUGGAGAGAUGUCAAGAGGGACCUGAGGGAACUUCAGGUCAUGGGAAGAGUCACAGAGGAAAAAGCCUUCUUUGUUCAGUUCUUCGGGUGGUUUUCGACCCCUGAUUAUAUCUUUUUCGCUAUGGAAUAUUGCCCCCUCGGUGACGUUUCUCAAUGCUUCCAAGACCCGGUUCCCGAAGUGAUGACUCGUAAUAUCUGUGGGCAAUUGCUGGAGGGACUAGGUAAACUGCACGAGAUGGGGAUUACGCAUCGGGAUAUUAAGCCUCAGAACAUACUAGUGGUGCAAAGGGACCCAAUAUGGGUUAAAAUUGGUGACUUCGGAAUCAGCAAGCGCGUCAUGGAAGGCGAAAACAGAACCGACCUAAGAACUCCCGCUGGAACAGAAGGAUAUAAAGCCCCGGAAGUCCAUCAACUACUAGAUGACGACAAAGAAGACUCGAGCUACACAUGUGCUGUUGACAUAUGGUCCUUGGGGUGUUUCCUCUAUUACGUUCUCACGAAGACGACCCCAUUCCAGACGGUCGCAAUGCUCCGUGACUAUUGCUUGGGCCGUAUUGAAUUCCCCGAAGCAUCACUUACUGAUCGAGGAGUGUCCCGGUCUGGUAGACAGUUUAUCAAUAAUCUCAUGGCUCUUCAUCCUCAUAAACGACCGCAGGCUUCAAAGGACCUCGUUUCUGAUUGGGAGAUUAUGGAGGAAAGUGAACUAUUAGAAGUUGAUAGCUUGGAAGGGACGAGCCGCGAGGCAAUAAGAUUAGGAAAACAGCCGGAACAUGUCACACCAUCCAUCAACAUCAAUGGAAACGCGCCACUUUAUAUUCAACCUCAGCCCAGUCGUGCCAACUUUGACGAUGAAAUGAACUAUCAGUCUUCGGAGCUGUGGCUUAUGAUGAAGGAUGCAGGUGCAGACAUAGGAAGAAUACGAUCGUUACUAGAGUCCGGAGCCAACCCAAACCAGUUACGAGAUGGACAUACAGCUCUACACAACGCAGCAGAGCGAGGCUCAACAAGAGGCAUGGAUCUCAUAAUCACCUACGGGGCAAACGUGCAAUUGAAAACCAGACCACACCAAGAAACAGCCUUGCACCUAGCCACUUACGAUGGUGACAUUUCAAAGCUACAAUCACUGCUCAAGCAACGAGCCGAUGUCGAUGCUCAAAACGCGGAUGGCGAUACUACGCUGCACCUAGCAAUUCUUAGGUUCCGCACGACGGAAGCAAUGGAGUUACUCCUAAGUAACGGAGCAUCCACAGAAAUCAAGGGCCGAAAUGGGUAUUGGCGUUCAUCAAAAGGCUAGUGGAGGCGGGAGCCGAUAUUGAUCAGAAAGACAAGAACAAGCGCAGCCCGUUAUAUGAGGCGGCAAAAUGCAACAAACGAGACAUUAUGCAUUAUCUGGUUGGCAGCGGUGCAAGUCGUGAGAUUGGUUCUUCUGGAAUGGAGAGGCGAUUACAAUGGGUGCAGUUUUGGAG